AGGCCUCGGCUCCUCAUCCCCUGCGGUGUAGUUUGGAGUCUCAAGUCUCACCAACUGCGUCUGGCGUGUUUGUUGUUGUUGAUGGCAAGAACACUAGAGUAGCAGUAGUAGGAAUAGGGAUAUUAGGGAAUUGCGAGACUUAAUUGAAUUCUCAUUCUAUUGGAUUUUUAGGAGGAAAAGGGCAGCUAACGAAACCAUGUAUUGGUUGACGGUCAAGCCCUCUUUCAUCUUACCCAAAUUGUCUCCGCCGUCGUCGUCGUCUUCUUCUUCUUCUUCUGCACAUUGUCGAGCUGGGCCGUGUUCUUCCUCUAUCAGCUUCCCAAUAAAGACGAGAAACAGAGGAAACAGACGCCCACUGAGACUUGAUGCUUACGAUUCCUCAAAGAGCGACACUCCCAAUGGCUCUGCCGAUUCCAACCCUCCCAACGCCACCACUCUGCCAAAGAGCAGGAGAGAAAUUCUGUUGGAGUAUGUCAAAAAUGUGCAGCCAGAAUUUAUGGAGCUGUUUGUAAAAAGGGCGCCCCAGCAGGUUGUUGAUGCAAUGCGCCAAACAGUGACAAACAUGAUUGGAACAUUACCCCCACAAUUUUUUGCAGUGACAGUGACCACCGUCGCAGAAAAUCUUGCACAACUCAUGUACAGUAUCAUGAUGACUGGAUAUAUGUUUCAGAAUGCACAGUACAGGUUGGAACUGCAGCAAGGUUUAGAGCAGCCAGCUGCUCUUCCUGAUGUGCAAGAUACAAAGGAUGCACCAGAUUAUGCACCCGGUACACAGAAGAACGUGUCAGGUGAAGUUAUUAGGUGGAAUAAUGUUUCUGGCCCUGAGAGAAUAGAUGCUAAGAAGUACAUUGAGUUACUUGAAGCAGAGAUUGAGGAACUAAAUAACCAAGUUGGUAGGAAAUCCACGGGCGGACAAAAUGAAUUGUUGGAAUAUCUGAAGUCUCUUGAACCCCAAAAUUUAAAGGAAUUGACGAGCAGUGCUGGAGACGAUGUUGUGGUUGCGAUGAAUACAUUCAUCAAGCGGCUUUUGGCUGUUUCUGAUCCUGGCCAAAUGAAGACAAGUAUGACAGAGACAACUGCACCAGAACUUGCGAAGCUGCUGUAUUGGCUGAUGGUUGUUGGAUACAGCAUUCGCAAUAUCGAAGUUCGUUUUGAUAUGGAACGAGUACUUGGGACUCCACCGAAGCUCGCAGAAUUGCCUCCAGGAGAAAACGUUUAAUUACUCGGCAAAGAAUUGCAAAAUAGGCGUGGAAGUUAAUGAGAGGGGAUGUCGGAGGGUGGUGGUCUUCCAUAGAGAUACUCGCAAGCAUGGAAGGAGAGAAAAAAUUAGAUGAAAAUUAGGAGGCGGCCCGGGAUUUCUACUUUUAGCAAGAAACUCCAAAUAAUAUUUUUUUUAGCAAUAAACUUGAACUUUUGUCCUAAUUCAUUUUUUAUUUUGGUCCGUC